UCCCUUCCUCAUGAAAACACAGUUUAUGAGCAAAUCCAAAUCCAAAUCCAAAUCCAAAUCCAGGAACCAGAAGAAAAACUAGUGGGUGGGUGAGUAGUGAGUGCUGAGUAGUACUGCCUCUGCCUCCAAUUCCCAAACAGAGAGUCGAGGGAGCUUUGGUGCCUGUCUGUAACUGUUAACAAUUGCUUGCUCAAAUUCUAUUUAGAUCUUUGGGAAGUUUCAGUCCGAACAACCAACUUCUUGCACCAAAUUAUACUCUAUAGUAAUUGAAUCUGAAGAAGACGGAUAGUGAAAUGGAGUAUAGAAGAAUCAAGGAUCAGGAUAAAGAUGGGGACGCAAUGCAUGAUGAUGUUGAGAGCUUAAGGGCAAAAUCCCGUUCAGGCUCUCCCAGUAAUAUCAUUCCUUUAGGAGGCAGCUCUGGUGACCGUUCUAAGUGGAAACUCAAGUCAAUUGUAACACUUGCAUUGACGGUCCUUACAAGUUCACAAGCAAUUCUUAUUGUCUGGUCAAAGAGGGCUGGCAAGUAUGAGUAUAGUGUCACAACUGCAAAUUUUCUGGUUGAGGCUUUGAAAUGUGCGCUGUCACUUGCAGCCCUGUCAAGAAUCUGGAGAAAUGAAGGUGUUACUGAUGAUAACAGAAGAAUUUACUUCAAUAUUACAUCUUUGCAUAUGUAGAUGCUCCAGGUUAUCAAAUUCUAAAGAACUUAAACAUCAUCAGCACUGGUGUGUUGUACCGUAUCAUUCUCAAGAAAAAGUUGAGUGAAAUUCAGUGGGCCGCCUUCGUUUUGUUGAGUGCUGGGUGCACCACAGCACAACUUAACUCGAAUUCCGAUCGAGUGUUGCAAACACCUUUUCAGGGUUGGCUGAUGGCAAUUGUCAUGGCUCUUCUUAGUGGUUUUGCUGGAGUCUACACUGAGGCUAUAAUAAAAAAACGACCUUCAAGGAACAUUAAUGUUCAGAACUUCUGGUUGUAUGUAUUUGGGAUGGCCUUCAACGCUAUUGCGAUACUCGUUCAAGAUUUUGAUGCUGUUAUGAAUGAGGGAUUCUUUCACGGAUAUUCAUCAAUUACGGUUCUCAUGAUUUUGAACCAUGCACUGAGUGGCAUUGCAGUAUCAAUGGUCAUGAAAUAUGCUGACAACAUAGUAAAGGUGUAUUCUACAUCAGUUGCAAUGCUGUUGACAGCAAUUGUGUCUGUUUUUCUGUUUGGAUUUCAUCUUUCGCUUGCCUUCUUUCUUGGUUCAACUGUCGUUUCUGUCUCGGUAUAUUUACACUCCAUUGGGAAGCUCCAGAGAUAAUUGAGUGGCACUUUUUAAGCCUUAUUAGACAGGUCAAUGUAAAGGUUUAUUAAUUUCCCUCUUAACACUGUCUAUCUCUUACAUAUCCAGGCAUCCAGCUCUAUUCUUCAGUUAGGCAUUUGAAAUGCAUAGGCACAUAUUUUCCUUCUAGUUUAAAGUUGGACAAUAACUGAGACGAGCAUUCUUAUCCUGAGCAUGCACUCAAAUCCUUGCUUUUGUGUUUUUUCA